GUGUGUGUGUGUGCGAGAAAGAGAGAGAAAAGGGAGGGACCUCUUUGCCCUCCAGAAACCAGGAAGGGAAUUGAGUUGAUCUGCCGCUGCUUGGUUAGCGCAUACAGGGGCUUUAAGCUGCGCGACAGUGAGAGGGAGAUAGAGAGCUCCGGAGAGGAGGAGAGGAGAGGGCUGAGCUAACCCACAGCAAGCACCACCACGGCCAUCACAGAUAGGCAGACAGACAGACGGCAGGACGGAUACACGGGUGGGGGCUGUGCUCGGCGGCUCGGCGGCAGGCUGGUGGAAGAUGUCGUCAGGGGCCGGUGGGAGAGGAGGAAGGCGGCUCCGGGGUAUAACAAGCACUGGGGGCGGGGGAAGGAGAGGAGGAGCAGGGGAGGCAGAGGAAGGUCCUGUGGGGAUCCCUUUCCCCGAGCACAGUGCCGACGUCCUGGGCGGCCUGAACAAGCAGCGACUCAGUGGGCUCCUCUGCGACGUGCUCCUGGUCACCCAGGACCAGGAGUUUCCAGCUCACCGCUCCGUCCUCGCGUCCUGCAGCUCGUACUUCCACAAACUCUUCACUUCGGGGCUCGCCGCCGACCAACAGAACGUCUACAACAUCGACUUUGUGCCAGCGGAGGCUCUGGGAGCUUUGCUGGACUUUGCCUACACGGCGACGUUGAUGGUCAGCCACAGCAGCGUGGCCGACAUCCUUGCUGCUGCGCGCCUCCUGGAAAUCUCUCCCGUCCAGGAUGUCUGUACUCACCUGCUGGACACCAAAGUGCUCUCCCCGCCGGCGGGCAGUGAGCGACGAGAAGAAGACGAGGAGGGGAAAUGCAGAGGAGUCAAGGAGCAGGGGAACCGAAUCCGAGCCCGGGAGUACCUGGAGUACUUCCAGAGAGGGGCGCACUGGAGCAGCAGCUGCAGCACACCAGAGCUCAGGGAACUGCCCACACACCUGCACUUUAACCACGGUAGUGGGAGCCCCCCCAGCAACGGGGCUCUUGCUGGCCCCGGCGAGUACUACUCCCCCCUGGCCCUGGUCUUGUCACAGUCCCAUGCGCGAGACCCAGAGGAGGAGGACGACGAGGAAGAGGAAGAUGAAGACAGAGAGGCAGUUAAGGGCAACGGCGUGAACCUGGGGACGCCGUACUAUCCCCCAUCUCAGAACGGCCACUUCUACCUCCCCACCGAGUCUCUGCCGGAGACGGAAGCCGAGGACGGCUGCGGGAAGGCGGUGGCGAGCGACGGCGGCUCGGCCAGUGCCCUGCUGCAGCAGAUGAUGGACUCCAUCGAGAGGCAGAAGAGGCGUGCGGCGGCCGGCGAGGAGCAGGGAGACGGGGACGAUCCCGACAUGGAAUUUUACUUGAAUUAUUUUAGCAGCACGCAGCACGAAGACGCAGCUUCCGCCUCGGUCACGCACGGGGUGCCGUCGCUGUGGAUGUCACGGGGCAACGCCGGCCAGCACUCGGCGGGGGGGGAGCGGGCGGCCGAGGAGCGGGGGAACGGGACCGGAGGAGGCGGAGGGGAAAGAAAAAUGCGCUCCAAGGCCUUUCAGAAGUGCCCCAUAUGCUCGAAGGUCAUCCAAGGCGCAGGCAAGCUGCCCCGCCAUAUCAGAACGCACACGGGAGAGAAACCCUAUGAAUGCGCCAUCUGCAAAGUGCGCUUUACCAGGCAGGACAAGCUCAAGGUUCACAUGCGAAAGCACACAGGAGAGAAGCCUUACCUGUGUACACAAUGCGGCGCCGCCUUCGCUCACAACUACGACCUGAAGAACCACAUGCGCGUCCACACUGGCCUCCGCCCCUACCAGUGCUCGAGCUGCUUCAAGACUUUCGUGCGUUCGGACCACCUGCACCGCCACCUUAAGAAGGACGGCUGCAACGGCAUCCCCUCCCGCCGGGGCAGAAAACCUCGGGUGAGAGAGCCGGGGCUCCCGGACGGCCCCCAGGGCCUUCUGAGCGCCAGCCCCGAAAGCGGGCCGGGGCCCCGCGCCGUCACGGGACGGCGGCGCUCCGACGAGUCCUCUGCGGCGGAGGCGGAGGGCGCCGCGGAGGUGCACACACACAGUCCUCAGCUGCAGGAGCUAGCGAGGGAGGCGGGACCCUGAGAGUGCAGGGGGACCACGAGGACACUGCUGGACGCUACAGUCACUCUGCACAGCCUGUGAGACAGGCCAGUGGACAGAGACAUGCAAAGGCAAUUUAAAAAAGACAAAACAACUAACUAUUCCUCUAUAAACCAAAUCAGGGUGUCACAGAAAUCUAAUCUUUAUAUUUCUUUCUCCUUUUACUUUAGGAAACGGAAUAGACUUGCAAGCACUUCAAUUGUUAUAUUUGUUAAAAGAGAAAAGAACGCUUCAAAUCAUCCACCCAUGACGUCCACUUUCUGGGCCAUUUCUUUCUUUGUAAUAUUAGACUUUUUUUUUUUUUUUUUACAUCAGCAUAUGCAGUCAGGCUAGUGUAUGAUAGAUACAAAGAAACUCCGAGCAACUAUGCAGUUGAUUUAAAUUUUUAUUGGUUUUAUCCUCCCAGCCUUCAAGCUCCAAGAAAGGUGACUGUCACGCACCUUCUGGCCGCUGUUCAAGUGAAGCGAGGACAAAUCCUCCCAGCAACAACUCUUCUUCUUUUUUUUUUUUUUUUUCUUUCCUAUUCUUUUUCUUUUCAGCUCUGAGAUGUACAGUUACCAUAGAAACAACAUUUCCACAAUAUGGUAUAUGCAAGGAAAAAAAACUCCCCAACGUUUUAAUGCAAGACAGUUUUUGUCUUUCCUUCUUCAGUCUAAAAUGUUCCAGAAAGAAUCAGACGAGGGGUUGAUUGAAGUGUUGCUUACUCUAAAAAGAUGGGGUGGGUGG